AACGAAUUUUUCAAUUUUGUCAUAAAGAUGACGCAACAUGGACAAAGCUUCGAUUCAAAUUGCAUGACACUGACCCGGUUCGUACUCCAGGAGCAGCGAAAAGUCCCUGAAGCAACUGGAGAUCUAACUCAGCUCUUAAAUUCCAUUCAAACUGCCGUUAAAGCUGUUAGUUCAGCUGUUAGAAAAGCUGGUAUCGCCAACCUGUAUGGAAUCGCCGGGAAUGUCAACGUUCAGGGCGAGGAAGUGAAAAAACUCGAUGUCCUGAGUAACGAGCUGUUCAUGAACAUGUUAACUUCCUCAUACACCACUUGCCUCCUAGCCAGUGAGGAGAACGAGACAGUCGUGGAAGUGGAGAAAGAGAAACAGGGAAAGUACAUUGUGACAUUCGAUCCACUCGAUGGCUCCUCCAACAUUGACUGCCUCGUGUCAGUGGGCUCAAUUUUCGGAAUUUACAAAAUACCGAAGGACACGAGUACCCCAAAAUUGACUGACGCCCUGCAACGGGGAAGAAAUAUGGUAGCUGCUGGCUAUGCUCUUUACGGAUCCGCUACAAUGAUUGUCUUAUCAAUAGGUCAUGGGGUCAAUGGAUUUACAUACGAUCCUGCAAUUGGCGAAUUCAUACUCACUGAGAAAAAUAUGACAAUUCCGAAAAGAGGAAAAAUUUACAGCAUUAACGAAGGGUAUGAAGGCCUUUGGGACCCGGCAAUCAAGGAAUACGUUCAGUCCAAGAAAUAUCCAACGUCUGGGAAACCUUAUGGAGCGCGAUAUGUUGGCUCGAUGGUGGCCGACGUCCACAGGACGAUCAAAUAUGGAGGAAUAUUCUUAUAUCCUGCUACAAAAGACUAUACUAAUGGCAAACUCCGCCUUCUCUACGAAUGCUUUCCAAUGGCUUAUAUAGUGAAUGAGGCAGGGGGCAAAGCUUCGAACGGCGAAAUCGACAUCCUCGACAUUGUCCCCAACCAAAUCCACCAGAGAAGCCCAAUAUUCCUAGGAUCCUCCGACGACGUUGAUGAUGUUCUCGCAAUCAUCAAGAAGCACAAAGAAUGAUUUUAAAAAUUAUGUUUUUUAUACGUUAACUAAGCAUUUAAAAAUCUUCUUCCCUCAAUCCACGACAUCACUGUGAAUGUAUUGAUGUUAAAAGGCAGGAAGAUGCAUUGAAAAUUUUAUAAUAAACAAUAUUUCUUAUUUGAAAUAAAGAUUCUGAAUAUCCUCGG